CAAGCAACUCCUGACAACAUCUUCGAGAGAGGUUCCGAGAAACCCAAUUUCGAUUCUUCUGGCUGGCCUUUCUCACCGUGAUCUGACCGAUUUAAAGAGAUUUUCAAGGAUGGCCAGUCCUGAUCUGACUGACCUGAGAGGAUUUUCUCUUCCUGUAGAAAAUUGCGAGCUAACCAUGCCAGGAGACUCAAAAAGAGGUGCUCUGGAGAGCUCUCUGAUCCAAAGGAGGCCGAAAAGGAUAGGAGCAGCAGAGUCGACCAGGACGGAGGAGACAGCAGCGACAGAAACGACCACAGCAGCCUCAUCAACAGUAUUGGUAGAGAUGAUGGGCUCACAAUUGACAAUAGAGCCCACGAGGGUCACGGUGAGAGCGAGGCUCUCAAGGAGAACUAAGUCAACCAAGUCAGUCAGGUCAGCCACAACGACAAGGGCAAGUAUGACUGCGGUAUCAGAGGCGAGUACUGCCUAUGAUACGGACUACCGACAAGCCCUCAUCGACUCGGCAACUAUGAAUAUAACCUUAAGAGACCUCAAACUUAUACCAUGGCCCAUCUGCAUACUGUCGCGGCUCGCCAGAUGAAGUCGCAUUAGACAAAUGGAAAUCUCGCCGACAAGCUCAAGUACGGAAGUGCAUAUAAGGAUUGGAAAAAAUCUCAGGGAAACAUGGGAAUCGGUGAUCAAACUAUUGAAAUACAAAAGACGCAUCUGA